CUCCUCGUGAUAGAUUUAUUUGAAUGACAAUACUUUAUGCUGUGCAAUCACACAGCUGCUUCUAGGUUUUAUAAAAGACUGUGAUAAACUAGGUCCCAGUGUUGAGCAGCAGCAGCCCUGCAAGGUGCCAACAUGGCUAUUGGAAAGAUCAUCUUCUAUGAGGACAGGAACUUUCUGGGCCGCUAUCAUGAGUGCAGCAGUGACUGUGCAGAUCUGCACCCCUACCUUACCCAAUGCCACUCCAUCAGGGUAGAGAGUGGGUGCUUCAUGGUGUAUGAGAAUCCCAAUUACACGGGACAGCAGUACUUCCUGCAGAGGGGCGAGUAUUCGGACUGUCAGUGUAUGAUUGGUUUCAGUGACGAUAUCAGAUCAUGUCGUAUGAUCCCAGUGUACAAUGGCAACUACAGAUUGAGACUAUAUGAUCAGGCUGAUAUGGGAGGUCAGAUGAUAGAAAUAAUGGAAGACUGCCCAAAUAUCACAGACCGCUUCCACACAGCUGACAUCCAUUCCUGUCAUGUGAUGGAUGGCCACUGGCUUCUAUACAAGCAGCCCAACUACAAAGGACGAAUGUACUACCUUGGACCAGGUGAAUACAAGAAGUACAGUGACUGGGGAGGAACAGACCCAAGAAUUGGAUCCCUCCGAAGAAUCACCACAUUCAACUAGACUACAUUAAUUGCACUGCAGCAUGCACUAAAUAAAUUCUCUUGACAGAAA